AUGGAACUCUCGCAAUUUGAUAUUACCUUUAAGCCGAGGGGACCGAUCAAGGCCCAAUGCUUGGCCGACUUCAUAAACGAACUUCACCCUCACGGCCAAUUUGAACAACAGUGGUGGAUCCUCCAUGUAGACGGAUCCUCAAACAACCAAGGGAGCGGGGCAGGGGUCAUCUUAGAAGGCCCGAGAGGGAUAACUUUAGAGCAAUCUUUGCGCUUCCGGUUCAAGGCUUCAAAUAACCAAGCCGAGUACGAGGCCCUAUUGGCCGGAUUGAGAUUGGCCGAGGACAUGGGUGCAUCAAGAAUCAAGUGCCGCUCAGAUUCCAAAGUAGUGGCCGAGCAAGUGGGCGGAAAUUUUCAAGUAAAGGACCACACGAUGUUGAGAUACUAUCAUGCCUAUCAAAAAUUGAAGGCGAAUUUCCAAGAGGUGCUGGUCGAACACAUCCCCCGCGAAGACAAUACCCGGGCCGACCAGUUGGCUAGGUUGGCCGCAACCAAAAAGCCGGGUCACUUGAGAACGAUCAUUCAACAAGAGAUCGACCACCCCAGCGUUGAAGCCGAGAUGGUAGCAAAUGUGGACGCCGAGCUAGCCGAUCAUGACAAUCCCCCUGAUUGGCGGGACGAACUAAAGGCAUACCUCACCGGCGGAAUCGCACCCACCGAACCGGCCGAGGCCAAGCGAUUAAGAACCCAAGCCAGUAGAUACGUGGUCAUCGCCGGCCAGCUAUACAAACGCGGUUUCUCUACCCCACUACUCAAGUGCCUAAAUCCCGCCGAGGCUGACUAUGUGACGAGAGAAGUGCAUGAGGGUAUAUGCGGACUACAUUCGGGGGCAAGGACGACCGUCUCUAAACUUCUACGAGCCGGGUACUAUUGGCCGACCAUGAACACCGACUGUGCAGCGUUCAUAAAGAGAUGCCAGCCAUGCCAGAAACAUGGCAACUUGAUCCACCAACCGGCCGAGCAGUUACAUUGCAUUCCCCCGGCCUGGCCGUUCGCCACGUGGGGGGCCGACAUACUCGGGCCAUUCCCACUUGCCAAGGGACAAUGCAAGUUCCUCAUUGUUGCCGUCGACCUAUUCACCAAAUGGAUUGAAGCCGAGCCGUUGGCAUGCAUUUCUGCUCAUCAAGUCCAGAAAUUUCUAUGGAGGAACAUCAUUACUCGGUUUGGCGUCCUGCACACUCUGAGAAACUUCCGACCAUUUCUUUCAGAAGAAAUAACAUCUCUAUAUGUAGAUAAGUAA